AGGCAGCAUGUUUUUACUCAUGACCUAUGUAUAUCCUUUUGAGCCUUCGUCAUGGUGUUUCUAUCUGAAUGCUGUUGGUGCAGGAUGGAAAGGAGAAAAAGGAAUCCUGGGCAACUUUGGAAAUGUAUAGGAGAAUGAGCGUUUUGCUGAUUGAAGCUUUUUAUGGAGGUUCACACAGGCAGCUAGUGGAUCUCCUAAAAGAAGAAAUAGAAGACUGUGUCCUAUUUACUCUCCCUGCAAAGAAAUGGCAUUGGAGAGCAAGGACUGCAGCACUCUACUUCAUGCAAGCUGUCCCAGCCAGCAUGGACUACAGGAUCCUCUUUGCAAGCUCAGUGCUUAACCUGACUGAACUCGUUGCCCUUCGGCCUGACCUUGGCAAAUUGAAAAAGGUCCUUUACUUCCAUGAGAACCAAUUGACAUAUCCUGUCCAGAAAUGUCAGGAAAGAGACUUCCAAUACGGGUACAACCAGAUUCUUUCAUGUUUGGUUGCUGACGUCGUGGUGUUCAACUCUGCUUAUAAUAUGGAGUCAUUUCUAACAUCUAUAGGGAAGUUUAUGAAGUUGAUGCCUGACCAUAGACCUAAGCAUCUGGAAGAGUUAAUCAGACCAAAAUGCCAAGUCCUUUAUUUUCCAGUGAUGUUUCCUGAUGUGAGCAGGUUUAUGCCAGAACACAAACUCGCCCAUAUUGAGAAGAUGCAUGGUAUUAAAGGAGAUGGUGGAAUAAACAUCAGCGCCUCUGACCUUAGUCCCAGACAUAGUGAACCACAGUCUGGACUUCAUUCCCUGGGACCAGAGGGGCUACCCAACCAACUACUGACACUAGAAGAUCUGGACAAGCCUACAUCUUUGAAAAGCACAACCCCUUGUCAAGAGGAAGAUAGCCAACAUGCAACUUACAACCUGUGCAGCAUCUCAGGUAGUUUGGACCAUCUGGAGAAACCUUUGCACAUUGUUUGGCCACACAGAUGGGAACACGAUAAGGAUCCUGAAAGUUUUUUUCAAGUGCUGCUGAAAAUGAAAGAGAUGGGCCUCAGUUUUCAUGUUUCUGUCCUUGGAGAGACCUUCACCGAUGUUCCAGAUAUAUUUUCAAAGGCCAAAAAGGCACUGGGAUCAUCUGUCUUACACUGGGGCUACUUACCUAGCAAAGAUGAAUAUUUCCAAGCUCUCUGCAUGGCUGAUGUUGUCAUCUCCACAGCUAAACAUGAAUUCUUUGGCGUAGCAAUGAUAGAAGCUGUGCACUGUGGCUGCUAUCCACUCUGUCCCAAAGCUUUGGUCUAUCCGGAAAUAUUUCCAGCUGAAUAUCUGUAUUCUACACCUGAACAGCUUUUUAAAAGGCUUCAGAAUUUAUGCAAGAGACCAGACAUUGUAAGGAAACAUCUCUAUAAGGUAUUUAUUCUGAAUAGGUAUUCCAAGGUAUUGUUGUGUAUUGAAGAGUACAGACCAAAAAGAAAAAAAAGAAAAAAAGGCCCCCCUCCCCUUCCUUCUAAAAAGGAGAGAAAACCAGAAAACAUUUAAUUAACAUCCUAAUGUUUAAAGGAAACAUGCUAGGGAGGGAUAUUAGUUGUUACACUAACAAGGAUUAAUUACACUAGAUGCCAGUUGUAUUAACCUAGGGUCUUAUGAAAUACGUGCGCUUAAUGCAUGCUACAUGCUUUUUUUAAUUUAUUGUUUUCUAAAAUGACUGUCCUCCAUGUUUGAACCCAAGAGGCUUAUAAAAAUGAACCUGGAUUAAUUUAAUUCAUUAGUAUAAAAGGAAAGUGGAAGAGGGAUCCUACAAUUAUACUAAUGAGGAUAAGCUUACCUCCCUAUCUUAAUUUAAUCUCCACUGGUGUGUUCAGGUGACUGACCAGGUGAGUACCACAUCUCUUCUGCCUCUGUUUUAAGGCUGUUUUGUUACAUUUCAAAGAAAACCCUUUACAACACCAGUACGCAAAGAAGAGUAUCACAUGGCACGGUUCCUGCUCCAAAGAACAGCUACCCGAAUCCCCACUUUCUCUCUCUCCUGGAAACAUCUAGCAAGGCCGAAUGCAUUGCACAAGAUGUCAUAGCAUUCGGAGUUUACCCGCUCCCAAAAAUGAUAGCCAGUGAAGGGUAACAAGAGCAGGAAUGCUCAUCGUGCAAUUGUGACAGGCCGCAUGCUUCAGGUCACCAGAUUUUGGGGCGUGGGGUGUGAGGAGAGAAUCAGAAGAAGUGUGGGUUGUGCAAAAAGGUGUAGGCUUAGGGAAAAGCCCAGGCUCAGUGGCAGAGUCCUGGUCCAUGCCCUGGUAUCUCCAGGUAGGGCUCUGUCUGAUGCCAUGAACAGGUGCUGCCAGUCGACGUAAGCCACACUGAACUAGAUGACCAUUUGGUGUGGUCAGUAUAGGGCAGCUUCCUAUGUUCCUCCAAAGUGAAGAGAUGUGCUGGAAUUCAGUGUUGUGCUAAGUGGGGUGUGUUUGCGGAGAACGAGGCUCACUUAUGCCAUGGGACUCCCCCCUCUUCCCCCCAACCUCCCAAAGAAGAUUUAGGGGAGUCGAGGAGGAUAAAAAGGGGGAACAAGUCCUUUCAUGUAAGUGGUCCUCGUUCCAUUCACAACAGCUU